CGUCUGUACCGUUUAUAUGUUUAUAUUUCUUUAAUCGCAUUAAAAUAAACUACCAUUUAGUUGGUAAUAAGUUAUUAUCACGAGUAACUGUAUUUCAUUAUUAAUUUAUAAUGUAUGGAAAGUUAAAUUGUUGUAAUUAAUUUUUUCACCGAUGGCAUUGUGGCAUACUAUACAAUCGUAAGAUGGCGGCCGAACUCCGCAGGCGCAGAAAUUCGACUAUUCUGUUUACCAACGGGGACAGUUAAACAUAAUUUAAAAAUAUUGUAUACGAUUUAAAACGAGAUCAGUUAUAGUUUUGUUUGAUUUUUUGUGCAAAAUAUACUGUACUUACAUGUCGAUAUGUUUCAUUUCCUCACUUUAUUUUGUAAUAUUUUCAACUUAACCGGAAGCACUAUGGAAAGCAGUUCUUCCCUGCUCAUAUCAACGCACGUUCAAGUACGGCGUUUAUCUGAAUGCCGCUAUCUUACUAGUGUUAGUAAAGAUAUUGUCAAAACAAUACCGAUGUAAUUUUAUAAUCGUUUGGAGGUAAGUAUGGCCAAUGAAUGCCGUACUGACUGGUCGAAUACGUUAAAAAGGAGGUUAGCAAACGCGAACAGAGAUGAGAGGAGCGAAGAAGAAAAGAAAGCCGAAGAAAUUCAGUUAUUUACCAAAUAUUACUCUGAAUGGAAGGGUGGUGGCCACAACAAUAAGUCAUACGAGAGCAUUCCUCGAUUCUACUUCAAGCUACCAACAGAAGAUGAAGUUUUACUCCAGAAGCUGAGAGAAGAAUCCAGAGUUGUCUUUCUGCAGAGGAAAAGCAGCGAGCUGCUAGAUAAUGAGGAACUUCAGAAUCUGUGGUUUCUACUUAAGAACCAGGUGCCUCCGGAGAAUAGUGAAGAGGCCAUGAUCAGCUAUGAAGACUUCCUGCAGGUGGGCGACAUGGCUGGGCCCAAGUGCAAAAACCUAUUCACUGCCAGAGUAUAUGCCAAGCUGCUCCACAACGACCCUUACGGCAGGAUCUCUAUCAUGCAGUUCUUUAACUACGUCAUGAGGAAAGUGUGGCUGCAUCAGACCCGGAUAGGCCUGAGUCUGUAUGAUGUUGCGGGACAGGGCUACCUCCGAGAGUCUGAUCUGGAGAACUACAUUUUGGAGUUAAUCCCCACGCUGCCUCAGCUGGACGAACUAGAUAAGCCCUUUUACUCUUUCUACGUCUGCACUGCAGUUCGCAAGUUUUUCUUCUUCCUUGACCCACUUCGGACAGGAAAGAUUAAAAUCCAAGACAUCUUGGCCUGCAGUUUUCUCGAUGAUUUAUUAGAGUUAAGAGAUGAGGAGUUGUCUAAAGAGAGUCAGGAUUCCAACUGGUUUUCAGCACCUUCAGCUCUCCGAAUGUAUGGCCAGUACCUCAGCCUUGAUAAGGACCACAACGGCAUGUUGAGCAAGGAAGAGCUGUCUCGCUAUGGCACAGCCACGCUUACCUCAGUCUUCCUGGACCGAGUGUUUCAAGAGUGCCUAACUUACGAAGGAGAAAUGGAUUAUAAAACAUAUUUAGACUUUGUGUUGGCCUUGGAAAACAAGAAGGAGCCAGCAGCAUUACAGUAUAUAUUUAAACUUCUGGACAUUGACAAUAAAGGACACCUCAACGUCUUUUCCCUCAACUACUUCUUCAGGGCCAUUCAGGACCAGAUGAAAGUGCACUGUCAAGUCCCUGUCUCAUUCCAGGAUGUCAAGGAUGAGAUCUUUGACAUGGUGAAGCCCAAAGACCCCUAUAAGAUCACACUCCAAGACUUGGUGAACAGUGGCCAGGGCGACACUGUUGCCAGCAUCCUAAUUGACCUCAAUGGCUUCUGGACUUACGAGAACAGAGAGGUGCCGGUCGCCAACGAUAGCGACAGCAGCAGCGCAGGCAGCAUAGAUGACUCCUAAACAAGGUGGACCGAGGGGCAUUUCUGGUUUACACUCCUUAACGAUGCUUUUCACCGUGGUCAAUAUUUGUGGUCCUCUUUGUAUUCUUCUUUUAUGCUGUUCAGAACUACAUUUGUUAAUUGUAUUAAAUACUGUAAAUAUGUUAAUGUCCAAAUAAUAAGCUCCAUCAUCAACACCUUCAAGUUUGAAUGAAGUUAAGGUUUUCUGGUUAUAUGAGAUCUAGUGUUUGGGCACAAUUACAAGUAUCAACAGUUAAGGCUUGUUGGCACAUUGUAUUAUGGAUGAAAACUAUUGAGUUGACAAUAUUUAAAUACUUAUGGCAAUCAUUCUGUCCUAUAAACUUAUAUUUCCAAAGACAUUUAUGUUCAGGGGCAGCACGGUGGUACAGGGGUUAGUGCGUGUGCCUCACAAUACGAAGGUACUUGGUUCGAUCCCGGGCUCGGGAUCUUUCUGUGUGGAGUUUGCAUGUUCACCCCGUGACUGCGUGGGUUCCCUCCGGGUACUCAGGCUUCCUCCCGCAUCCAAAGACAUGCACCUGGGGAUAGGUUGAUUGGUAACACUAAAUUGGCCCUAGUGUGUAAAUGUAAGUGUGAAUGUUUAUCUGUGUUGGCCCUGCGAUGACGUAGUGACUUGUCCAGGGUGUACCCCCCCCUUCCGCCCGAAUGCAGCUGAUAGGCUCCAGCAACCCCGAACGGGACAAGCGGUAGAAAAUGGAUGGAUUCAUGUUCAGUCCUAGUAAGGAGAAACAAUGCAUCAGAUACCAUAUACAAAACUGUGUCUUUAUAAUGUAGGAGUAAAACAGUUGUGUGAACUUUGAGACAACUUAUAAUGUAACUCAGUGGAAUUGUGUGCUUCUUUUUACUCAGGAAAUCAGGUUAAAUAUUAAUUAAAUAUGAUUGAGACAUUUGGUGUGUUGUAUGGCAGACGUCUUAGGCCAUCUCCCUUUAAAGCCUGUGAGGACCUUAUAUCCAUCCAUCCAUCAAUUUUCUACCGCUUAUUCCCUUCGGGGUCGCGGGGGGCGCUUAUAUCAUAAUGUGACAUUUUUACUAUUUUUUUUUUCUAAUGUUUUUAAAUAUUUAAUAAAAUAUUCGUUUGCUCUCAUGUUUUCUGCAGACCGUUUAGGCAACAAUAAAAUUGUUGGGCUUAAAUAUUUGACUAAAAUUAUAUUCCAUUCAUGACUGUAUUACGGUAGCUUAAAGACACGGAAUUUAACCAGUAUGUCGUCUAUUUGCAUGGUGUGCGUGAAUGGACUUAUCGAUGCGUAAUGGUACAAAGUGGAACAUUUAAUAAUUUUUUAUUUACUAAAGGCCUUAGGGUUACCCA